GCAGCGAGGCGGAUGUUGUCGUGUUUGCAAGGGCCAAAGCUGGCAAGAUGGCGUCGAAUGGCAGGGAGCUUGGGGGCGUAUUCGACCACCACGUCCAGAGGGCUGUAUGCGACACGCGGGCCAAGUAUCGGGAGGGGCGACGGCCUCGAGCUGUCAAGGUAUAUACAAUCAAUUUGGAAUCUCGAUACUUACUAAUACAAGGAGUUCCUGCAGUGGGAGCAAUGAAGGAAUUAGUUGCGCGAUUUGCUCUGUAUGGUGCGAUUGAACAGUAUAAUGCUCUAGAUGAAUACCCAGCAGAAGACUUUACAGAAGUUUACCUUAUUAAAUUUAUGAAUUUACAAAGUGCAAGAACAGCCAAGAGAAAAAUGGAUGAACAGAGUUUCUUUGGUGGAUUGCUUCAUGUGUGUUAUGCUCCAGAAUUUGAGACUGUUGAAGAAACGAGAAAAAAAUUACAAGAAAGAAAGGCUUAUAUAGCAAGAACUACUAAAAAUAAAGAUCAUUACAUGACACGGAAGAAACUGGUUACAGAGCAUAAAGACACAAGAAAUUUUAGACAGGAUUUCCAUUCGGAGACAUCUGGAUUUUGUGCAGCCGCUGUGAACACUUCUACUGGGAAUUCAGAUCCUUGUUUUCCUUAUUCUUGUGAAUUGCCUCUAUGUUAUUUCUCCUCAAAAUGUACAUGUUCAUCAGGAGAACAUGUGGACAGAGCAUCAAACUCCUCUCAGGAUGGUAGAAACCAUGAUGAAACAGGGGAGCAUUGUAACCACAAGGACUCUUUGCAGAAAAUGCAGAUCAAAACUUUAAAAAAUUCAGUGGCCUGCCCGGGUGCACAGAAGGCUAUUACUCCUUCAGAGGCAGUUGACAGAUUUAUGCCUAGGACAACACAACUGCAGGAGCGGAAAAGAAGAAGACAAGAUGAUCGUAAACUUGGAACUUUUUUUGAAACAAGCACGAGCAGUAAUGAGGUUGUGAUUGGGCCUCUGUUGCCAGACAUACCUAAAGUGGAUAUGCACGAUGACUCCUUGAAUACAACGGCAGAUUUAAUUCGGAAGAAACUUAAAGAGGUAAUUUCAUCUGUGCCAAAGCCUCCAGAGGACAAGCUGGAAGAUAUGCAUACAAGUCAUUCAGUAAAACAAAGAAGAAGAAUAUAGAUUGCCAGCAGCAAAUUAUUUUCUAAGGGACUAUUUAUUUUUCAUUUUUAACCUGUCAUUUUAGUUCUUGAAGAGAUUUUACUGGUAUUUUUUUAAUGCACUCCUCUUUGUAAUUUCAUUCAAGCCACUUGUCUAAAACAGUUUCAUCUUUUGAAAUUAGCUUUUCAUACACAAAAUACAUGCCAGCCAAAUAUGUCCCUUAAAAAAAAUAAAACUUUGGUUACAUCUUAUUAGCUA